AUGGUGAUGCCAACCUCUCGCCGCAUUCGUGGAGGACUGCUCUUGGCCCUGUGCCUUUGCACCGUGUGGAACUUCUCCCAGUUGACCUUCACCAAGGUGGAAGAGGCUCCCGUUGAGACUUCCUCAGGCGUGCAAAUCGUGGCGGACCACCCCCUCCUCUUCACCUUCCUCUCAAUGGCUCUUUGUGGCGCUCUUUGCUUCACCGAGAAUUCCAGCACCCCUCGGCAAGGCAACGCUGAGGAUCGCGCGGAUUAUGCGAGCUUCCUGAUGAUUCAGAACUUGUUGUGCUUCACCAGCGGCCUGGUGAACGCCUUGACCAUCAUCGACAUGGGCAUGACGGUGUCUCAUCAGUCGGGCAACACGUCGCACACGGGACGUUUGAUCAUGGCGGGCGGCGCGAAGUUCGGCCACCUCUUGGCCACCUUCUGCCUGGGCUCCUUCUUUGCGGGCUACUCCAAGGCAGAUUGCGAGUUGAUCUACUCCGGCCGCUACUCCCCCAACCUCUUGGCCGCAGCCCUGGCCGUGGUGGCUGGAUGCAUGGUGCACUACUGCAAGGAGCACGGUGGUGCGGGCAACGACAACACCUCCGAAUGCUUGCUUUUGUUUGCCUUCUCCCAGGGCAUUCAGAAUGGCAUCACCCGCAGGUGCUUGUCGCUGCCCAUUUGCACCACCCAUUUCACGGGCUACCUCACUGAUGUGGGCACCGGUUUGGGCGUUUGGGCCCGAGCGUUGGUGAGCGGAGAGAACCCUCCCACCUUGCUGAAGGUGCUCCUGUUUGCCGCGGGGACCCUGUUCUUCUGCUUGGGCGGUGUGGCAGCCAAGGAGCUCCAUGGUCCUUACAACAUGCAGGCGGCCCUGAUCUCUGCCGGGCUCAUGGCUGCCGUGGCGGGCGGCUUGGUGCCAGUGAUCAAGGUGAAGAAGAGCCUUCUGGGCCUGUUGGCCAAGAUCAAAGCCCGUUUGACGAGUGCCACCGAGCCGCCCUUCAACGCACGCGAUGGCCGUGCUGGGAUGUCUGCGGCGGUGCGGGCGGGAGAGAUGCAGGUGUUGCAAGAGGCGCAGUGCUACAUCCUCACCGAGUUGGCACCUCCAGAGGGCCGGAAGCGAAAGGCCAAGGCCAAGGCGGCCACAGCGAAGCUGCUGAAAAGUGGAGAUGCGACCGGCGGAGCGAAGGCCUCUGAAGCGGGGGAGACACAUCGGUCCCGGCUGGAGGACUCCCAAGUGACAGAUCCGAUAGAGGAAGAUCCGGGCCCUGGGGCGCUGGCAGAGGCAGAGGUCCAAGGCGACGCGGACAUUUCGGGAGGUCAUCCAAGAGAGCAGCCACAGGAACUGGUUCCGCCAUGCGUGGACGCUGUGGACGCUGCAGUGCCAACCAGACGUCCAGAGGCCGUGGCACAAGCUGCUCGAGCACGUUCGGCGAGUUGUCGAUCCCGUUCCUAUGUCGUGGAGGCCAUCACACCGUCAGAAGCAGAAGAGCUGACCCGCUCGGCAGUUGCUUGGUCCAGCUCCAGCACAGGAGCAAAUCACUUGGUGCCAGAGACUUGGCUCAAAGAUGAGGAGUUCCUCUCAGCCAAGACUGACUUCCUCAUGCUCUCUGAAGUGCCGGCCUCCUCUGGUGAGGAGCUAGAGCCUGAGUCCCCAGGUCGUAUUUCAGUCUCGAGUGAUGAAGCGGAGAUCAAGGACCGGUUGAAGGCGCUGCUGAAGCACCGCCCCGUGGUCUCAGGGUCGGCUGGGCCCAACCAAGCUCGACAUCCAGGAGCCACACGAUGCGAAGCUCCACGACCUGCAGACAGUGAAGGACCUUUGCCUUGCCGAGCCGCAAGUGGAACUGGUAGCCGUCCAUCUGCAGGUACCGCAGGUGUGCGACGACCACAUGUGCCAGCACUGGCCCUCUCAGCAGUCGCUGAACGCGGAGUGAACGCCGUCCACGGCGCCGCAGAAAAGCUGUCCGCACGGCGGACACGAGAAGACGCAGGAGUCCACCGAGGGAGCCUUGGGCACCCGGUCACAGGGCCACGUGCUACUCGCGAGCGGGCGGCUGCUCGCAUAGGUCAUCCACUCCAUCCGCUCCAUCCGUUGACGCCACGGGAGGGACCGCGAGACUCACGUGGCCGUGCCAAGCUCCAGAGCCCAAGUACUGGCCCGGUGCGGACAAUGGUGACAACGGCAACAGUAGCACCCUCAACGCCCAGGCAGAUGCGAAAUGGACAGGUCGCGCGUGCGGUGAGUGCCAGCCCCACCGUGGGGCCGAGCCUGACCUGGUCCGGCCUCCGCCCGGUCCCAGCGCGACACAGUUUGCAAUCCAGGGCUCCAUGUUCCCCGCUGGGCUCCUGCAGCUUAGCCUGGCAGAGCGACUUAAGGUCCCCGCCUUUAGCUCGCUUGGCGACUCCGCGACAAAGGGCGCCCUACGCGGUGACCGGUCGUAUGUGA